GACGGUCGGAGGAGUUCGGGGUUUCCUUUCGACGCUUUGGGGGUGUGCGAUCACUCAUAGGGUACCAGAAGGUGAAAGAUAGGUGGCAUUGUCCUUUCAUUGCUUGACUUGACAAGAGAUUAUCAGGCGUGCUGAUAGGAAUAUGCACCGGACUUUUCCCCUCAAAAGAUAGACCCCCACCAUCAAGCUUGCAGCCAUCGAUCAAUAGGCCAUGGACAACUACUUCAACAAACGCUUCACCACCAGUGACGGGGACACCUAUGCAUACGACUACGUUCCCGCCAAGGGGAACAAGGCGACUUUCCUCCUUACCCACGGCUACCCUUCCUCACGCCAUGACUGGCGAUACCAAGUCGUCGACCUGACGGAGGCUGGCUAUGGGGUCAUCGCCCCUGAUUGUCUCGGUUACGGUGACACUGACAAGCGCAUUGACAUCGAGGCGUAUCGCUUGAAGCGCCUGAGCGGGCACUUUAUGGAAUUAUUAGACCAUGAGAACAUAGACAAAGUCGUGGGUGUUUCGCACGAUUGGGGCUCCAUGCUGCUCUCUCGUGUGGUCGUGUGGCACCCGGAGCGAUUUCACAAGUUGGUGUUCAUAUCUGCAGGUUAUACCGCCCCUGGGAUAUUUUUUGACAUCGAUGGGCUUAAUGUCAUGAGUCAAUCGCAGCUCGGGUACAUGCAACUGGGGUAUUGGUACUUCUUCAACUCAUAUGACGCCGAACAUCUCAUGGUUAAGAAUCUUGAGUCACUCUUCCACUUGGCAUAUCCGGACGACAACAGCAUCUGGGUGAAGAGCCUUGCGGCAAUCAAUGGCACGCGCGAAUGGCUGACAGCUGGCAAGACGGGUCCUCUUCCGCCAUGGCUCAGCGAGGAAGACAAGACCCGAUGGCUCCAGAUCAACAGCCAGAAAAACGCAAUAGCUGCGUCGCUCAACUACUACAGGUCGCUUAUGCGCGGAACACAAGCUCUGGACGAGGACCCGUUGACUGACGCACAGCGCACGCUCAAGGUGCCCGUGCUUGGCAUAUGCGGCGGCGAUGACAGGGUUACCAGGGCUGACCAGAUUGGAAGAGGCAUCAGGCCGUAUGCGAGCAAGGGGUAUACCGAGAAAAUACUGGAGGGUGCCGGGCAUUGGGUCAUGCUAGAGAGGAGGGCGGAGGUCAGCAGCGCCCUGCUUGACUUCGUGCGUGCCACUUGACACGUUUGCCAUUGACUCCAAGGAGCUUAAGGGAUGUGAAGUAGUUGUCAAUGAACAUACACACCCACACUCGGGGAGCAAAGACAUUCUGAGCGAUUAGUACUAGUAGCCUAUUACGCCCGGGCUAAGGCAUAUAACUAGGGCACUGGCCGCUAGGUAUAUGAUUCACUUCUUCGAUUCAGUCAAUGGUCUCCAAAGCCCCUAUCUAAUCGUCAUCUUUUCGGUUGUCUUAAAUACAAAUAUUAUCUCUUUAACAUGCUCUCUCGGAUUCGUAUUAGCGGGUGAGCUUGAAGAUCAUUCCUCCAAGUAUUC